UUUACAGCUCAUAGAUCCAUGAAAAUCUCCAACACCCCCAAUAACUCCAACACUAUCACUGGCUUCAUCCUCCUGGGCUUCCCUUGCCCCAGGGAGGGGCAGAUCCUCCUCUUUCUGCUCUUCUCUGUUGUCUACCUCCUGACCCUCAUGGGCAAUGGUUCCAUCAUCUGUGCUGUGCACUGGGAUCAGAGACUCCACACCCCCAUGUACAUCCUGCUUGCCAACUUCUCCUUCCUGGAGAUCUGCUACGUCACCUCCACUGUCCCCAACAUGUUGGCCAACUUCCUCUCUGACACCAAGGUCAUCUCCUUCUCGGGGUGCUUUCUCCAGUUCUACUUUUUCUUCUCCUUGGGUUCUACAGAAUGCUUUUUCUUGGCUAUUAUGGCAUUUGAUCGAUACCUUGCCAUCUGCUGGCCUCUCCAUUACCCCAUUCUUAUGACUAGAUGUCUCUGCACCAAUCUCGUGGUCAGCUGCUGGAUACUUGGUUUUCUCUGGUUUCUGAUUCCUAUCAUUGUUAUUUCCCAAAUAUCUUUCUGUGGAUCCAGGAUCAUUGACCACUUCCUGUGUGAUCCAGGUCCUCUGUUGGCCCUCACCUGUACCAGAGCUGCUGCAAUAGAGUUAACUAGCUCCAUCUUAAGUUCUCUGCUCUUAUUUGUUCCCUUUCUCUUCAUCAUGGUGUCCUAUGCUCUGGUCCUGACAGCUGUGUUGAGGGUCCCUUCAGCAGCUGGGAGAAGAAAGGCUUUCUCCACCUGUGGGUCUCAUCUGGCUGUGGUUUCUCUUUUUUAUGGCUCAGUGAUGGUCAUGUAUGUGAGCCCGACAUCUGAGCAUGAAGCUGGAAUGCAGAAGAUAGUGACUCUGUUUUAUUCUGUAGUUACUCCACUCCUUAACCCUGUGAUAUACAGUCUGAGGAACAAAGAUAUGAAACAUUCUAUGAAGAAAUUAUUGAGAACAUAA